CGUCGUGAAAACGGCUAUUGUUAACCAAAAUAAGUACCGCAACAACCUUCACGGCAUGUUCGCGCUGCACAAACUUGGAUAAAGCUCGAGUGUUCUUUAUCGAAUUAUCCGCGCUCUGGGUGUGCAUUAUUAAUGUUCAUGGGUGGGUAAUAGGCCGGCCACAGGAGCGUCUGUGUCGGCGGCAUCACCUCAGUAGCCCACGCGCCGCCCGGGGACCAGUCCAUUGAUUUACACCCGCGCAGGCGCGGUCGGUUUGUUGAUGCCGGGACCACGGCAUUCCUGUUCGAGCAGCGCUCGUGGACGGCGUGCGGGUGGAGGGUUUCGCUGUGGAACGGCCGAGCGUGGACAAAUCCGGCGGCUGACUGUGGAAUUUAGACGGACGGUAGAAUUUAGAUAGACGGUGGAGGUUAGACGGUGGACGCCGGGUGAAACGUUGGGAGCUAAACGGUUGGUAGACGUGAGUGACGCUGUGAGCAGCGGAUAGUGAAAAGGGUGUGUGUGAGCCAGGUGGACAACACAUCUCUCAGGCACCGUUUGGCGGACGGUGAACUGACCUCUGACGCGGCGGUCGCGCGGGAUGGAUGUGAGUCACACGGCGCCGAGACCAGCCGGCUAAGAUGGGUGUCAUCACGGAGCGGGUCUCCCGCAGCCGCAGCGGGGACCGCACCAAGCCCGGCUCGCGCGGCUCCACCGGAGACAGGGUGCGCCGCUCGGCCACCUUCAGCGGCGAGAGCACGCUGCCCGGGUCACGCGGCAGCAAUCGCGGCAGUGCCAACUCCCUAAACAAGUCUCACAAUGGCUCUCUGGGCAGCCUGGACGACUUUGACGACUGCGACAACAUCAACGUGGUCGUCAGGGUACGGCCAUUGAAUGAGAAGGAACAAAAUCGCGGCGAAGACAGCAUCAUCACCUUUCCCGGCCAGGGUCAGAUGCUGCUGGAGCCACAGGCGGAGAACAUCAAGGCCAAACAGUUCCGGUUCAAUAUUCUAUUUGAGCCGGAGGCCACUCAGGAGGACGUGCUCAGUCACUCGGGCGCCAAACGGAUGGUAGAGAUGGCCGUGGAGGGCUACCCGUGCACAAUAUUCUGCUACGGUCAAACGGGCAGUGGGAAGACGCACACCCUGACCGGACCUCCUCAUCUGUUCAGGAAGGCACCCGACAUGUACUCUGAAGACCACGGGCUCGUGUUUCGCUCCUUCGUUUACCUGUUUCAAGUAAUCAACGAACAAAAGGACAAGGACUUUCUCCUGAAGGCAUCCUAUCUAGAAAUCUACAAUGAAAAGGUGAUCGACUUGCUAAACCCGGUUCAGCCGGAGCCGGGCAAGCCGCCGCGGAGUCUGAUGGUGCGUUGGAACAAGAAGAAGCGCGCCUUCUUCGUGGAGAACCUCUUCACCGUCGAGUGCGAGGAGCUCGACGACCUGCUGGCCGUGCUAGAAGAAGGUUUGCGGAAUCGAGCGGUGGCCAGCCACAACAUGAACGAGUUUUCCAGCCGGAGUCACACCAUUUUGACGGUGUACAUUACCUCCGAACAAAAGGCCGCAGAGGACUCGGACGUCUACAUUUCGAAGCUGGGCAAGCUCAACUUUGUCGACCUGGCCGGCAGCGAGAUGACAAAGAAGACCAACAGCGAGGGCAAAACCCUGGAGGAGGCCAACAACAUCAACAAGAGCCUCAUGGUGCUGGGCACGUGUAUAUCGAACCUCAGCGACCCAAAGAAGAAGACGGGUCACAUUCCAUACCGGGACAGCAAGCUGACCAAGCUGCUUGCCGACAGUCUGGCCGGCAGUGGCGUCACGCUGAUGAUCGCGUGCGCGUCCCCCGCGAGGAGCAAUAUCAGUGAGUCCCUCAACACCCUAAGGUACGCCUCCAGAGCCAAGAGGAUCAAAACCAAGCCCAUCGUCGUCAUGGACCCGCGCGAGUCUCUCAUCAUCAGUCUGAAGCGCGAGGUGCACAUCCUGCAGCAGGAGAACGACCAGCUGAAGGCGCUGCUGAAUAUCGGAGCGCACGGCGAGGUGCCGGCCAUCACUAACGGCACGCCCGGCACCGGGGGCGACGCGCGCCGUCGUCCAUCGAUCGCCAAGCUGGCGGUGGACAAGGAGCGUCUUCACGAGCUGAAGACCGAGGAGCUGAUCGAGCUGCUCCAGGAGUAUAUGGCCAACAACACGGCCCUCCGUGACGAGAACCUGGACCUGCACACGCUGCGGGACGCGCUGAUGCGCGACCAGGACGUCAUCAUCAAGGAGAACGAGCGCCUGCUGCGCAAACUGGAGGAGAUCAACAGCCGGUCCCCCAUCGUGCCGGCGCGUCCGACCUACUCAGCCGACCUGCAGGUGCAGAGCCUCAGCCAGCCGUCCACUCUGCCCAACACGCCCGAACGGAACGGACACGGGGGAGGUGACGGCCAGGUCAACGUGUGGACCAACCCGCGAUACGAGGAGAAGAAGAACAGCUCACCGAGGAAAUCGAAGGUCCCCAAGUCCGUCGACAAGGAGCUGGAAAAGCGACAGAUGAAGGGCUCAGACAACAUCAAGGGCAAGAUCCAGCAGCGGACGCCGUCGGGGACGAGAAGCGCCGACGGCAAGAAGCCCAAGUCGCAGGCCAUCAAGAACGACCUGGCGGCGCGGCGUCGGGCCGGCGCCUCGCCCGGCCGACCGCCCCGGGCCAACCAACCGAAGAUGAAAAAGGCCUCAUCCACGUCACGCCUGGAUGAAGUGAAGAAAAGGAAAUAAAGAGUCCAUCUUCGGCUCUACUUUUAGCAAUCGGAUGCAAACUCAUCCCAUGCGGGACUGACAGGCCACUGUCGUCUGUCUGUCAGCUAACCCCGCCUCACUGGUGACGUCAUCACCAUCUGUUAGUGACGUCACACGGCCCGUUUGGCGGCCGGAGUGUUGUUUUGUAGCUGUCAACAGGGCGCUUUGUGAUUUGGCUUUGUCUACGCCUCAUAGGUAUGGCCGUUGGCGGGGUAGAUCCGGUGGUUGUGCCACCAAGGACACGACCCAGCUAGCUGUUCAACGUAUCCGUCCUUCGAAUCCGUCCGACUGAACCGAUCCGUCCACAUACAUGGGGUGUUAUUUAUCUACCUGAGCGCAUAUCACUCUCAUGAGAUUGCACCCUGGGUUGAUGCAGAGCACAAGACUUUUCGUCCUUUUUGUUUUUGCAUUUUGCGUCCGUGCAUUGUACAAACUUUGAUGCAGGUUCACACUACAGUGACCUCCUACUGACUGUUGUGAUGCAAUGCAUAUAAUUUAUAAAUGUAAAUCUAGUCUGGUGCGCGCCCCAUUUUGUAGAAGGUAGGCUUCGAAAUAAUCAGGGCUUAUCUUAUCGUAGAGUGCUGCCGUGUUCGUUAUUAGGAGACUUUUAUGUAGCUGUAACCAAUCAAUCAACAUUCGGUCAAGUCUGUGACAUAAAUUUUCUAAGCAGGCCAGUUUUGUCAGCCGUAGGUACUUCGUUUAAACCAUCGUCAAAAAACAAAUGUGUUCAUUGUUUAUCCUCAUUUGCCUCCGGCCGCAGUGCAAUAACUGGGCGCUAGUUAGGUACUUUGGUGAAUGGUGACCUAAUCGUUGUACGAUUCAAACACCAGGGCCGCAGGGCGACAAAAAUGCUGUAGCGACACACUCGGGCCCUCGGCCGGCCAAAUCUCGUAAAAAAACCGUACCGUAAAAAACGCGUCUUUUGUCCGACGCGUUUUUCGUAACAAAUAUUGCUGUAGGUACAUCCGAAAUGCAAAACGAUCUCAGUAUCUGACCCACUCGAUCUCAAUUUCACUACUCCCAGUGCGGAACGGAUGUUUAGUCUCUUGUAUACCAUUGCAACGGAUGGUUUGUAUCUAACCGGAUGGGUUGGCGAGUUGUUCGUCAGUGUCUCACUGGUUCCCUUGAGCAUCGAUGUUGGGCGUGUCUAUCCCGAGUUUGACGUGCUUUCUGACUUUCUGUACCCAACUGCGCGCCCGCGAUGUUCAUCGUCGAUCUGAUGGUAUCGUCUCGAGAAAUGCGUUCAAAGACCUGCAGCGAUUCUAUCCGAAUAUGCAUGGUACUGUCGUCUAAUGUAGACAAUAGUUGCUACUUGUUGGUGAGGUGCAAAUAACUAAAUGUAAAACUCUUAACACCCCUCGAACUCAUUCCAACCUAUCAGCCGAUGCCUUCGAGCCGUGACUGAUCUCUGCAUCAAACGCAACUGUGGUCGGGUCACAUGUAUUCUGUGAUGUUUUGAAACGAUCCGCCGCGAAAACGCGCCGUAAUCGGCGUCUGAAUAAUACAUAUCACGACAUGGA